AUGUAAUAAUAAUAAGCAUAAGUUGGUUAAGGACCAUUAUGGUAAUCUGUGCCUUAAGAUUUUGUAUUCCCUAAACCUAAAUUUGAAGCCACAGUGAAAAAGUUAGGAAAGAAGUAACAUGAAAGACAUUUAGUAAUAACUGAAAAACAUAUAUUAUUAUUCAAAGUAAUUGAAGUUAUAUUGAAAAGGACAAAAGUAAGCAUGUUCAUAAAUUACUCCCUUUGGAUUUUACUACAAGAUUUGAAAUAUUUAGAGAUGCACCUGUUUUGAAAGCCAAUGCAUCAUAAAAAAAAUCUACUCCUAAUACUCCUCACUCUAAUAGAGUUGAUAUUGUCAAACCUGAAGAUGUAUAAACUCUAGGUGACAUUUUGCAUAUAAGAUUGUAAAGUGAGAAUACAGAAAAAUAUUGGGACUUCACUGGUGAUUAAGAGAUUUUAAAAACAUUUAGAAAAUAUUUUGGAUAGAAAAUCAAUUAGAUGGGAUUUCAUCAUAUGUUUAAAGUCUUUAAAAAGAUAGGAAAGGGAAAUUUUGCAAGUGUUUAUUUGGCAGAAAGAAUUGAAGAUGGAUAAUAAAUGGCAAUUAAAGCAUUCUCAAAAAGUGCAGUUUAUGCUGAAGAAAAUGGAAAAGUAUUGAAAUAUAAUUAUAAAUUUAUAGGAAGGUUUAAUUAAUGAAAUAACAAUAAUGAGAGAACUUGAUCAUCCUAAUAUAAUGAAAUUAUAUGAAGUUUAUGAAACUUAGAAUUCUUUAUAUAUGGGAUUGGAAUUAUUAUAAGGAGGAUAAUUAUAUGAAAUAAUGAAAAAGAAAGUCAUUUUAACAAACAAAUAAAUUCAAGCAAUAAUGAGAGGACUUUUAGAAGGAUUAGCACAUAUGCAUUCUAAGAAUAUUAUGCAUAGAGAUCUAAAAUUAGAAAACAUUUUAUUUAAAGAAUAAAAGUAUAAUAUUAUUAUUGAUUAAAUGAUAAUAGCGAUAUCAAUUCAGUGGUGAUAGCAGAUUUUGGUUUAGCUACUUUUGUAAAUCUUCCAGUUUAUCUUUAUUGCAGAUGUGGUACUCCUGGAUUUGUGGCUCCAGAAGUUAUCAAUAUAACUGAUAUGACAACAACUUAUGAUAGUGUUUGUGAUAUUUAUUCUCUUGGAUUAGUUUUUCAUAUAUUAUUAACUGGAAAGCCUGGAUUCCCUGGAAGAAGUUAUAAUACAAUAGUCUAAUAAAAUAAAGAAGCUAAAAUCAAUUUUAAAAGUCCAGUUUUUGAUAUUGUACCACCAUAAGCUUUUGAAUUACUAAAACAUAUGUUGGAACCAUCUCCUAAGAAAAGAAUUACAGCUGUUGAUGCUUUGAAAUAUGAAUUUGUUGCAUUAUGCGAGAAAACUGUAAAUAUUUCAUAGGAAGAUGAUGGAAAUAUUGGAGAUAUAGAUGAUAAACCAGGUCUUAAUGUUAGAAUCUAAUAAAUAAAUGAACAGUAUUUAAACAAAUAUAUUAAAUUAGAGCAGCCAAAUUCGAUAUGCUUAGAAUAAAUCAAUUAACCAAUUCACCCAUUAAAUCUCCAGUUAUGUAGGCAACUAAUAAAAUGAAAGAAGUUUAAAAUAAAGACUAAUAAAUGAUCAUGAGAACACCAGUUAUUACAGGAAGAACUGUAGCUUGUGAAGGUAAUUAAGAAUUAUUACACAAGAAUCUCCAAAUAUGAAUUAAUUUGUCUCUCCAAGUGUUUAAUUCAAAAAGCUAUAAUAAAAGUAAUAUUUUUAAUUUAUCUACUUAGUUAAUAAUAAGCACCUACUGGAAAUGUUCUAUUGAAAUAUACUUAAAAACCAUAAUAAUAACAAUAAACUAAUAAUGAAGAUGAAAAAAAGGAUUAAACCAAUAUUGCUAAAUCAGUUAAAGCUGCAUUAAGUAAACAUGUAUGA